CUCAGCCCCGCAGUUCGCUUCCAGCGCUCGUUCAAGAAGGGUGUGAUUCGGUAUCCAGUCUCGGUCGGUUCAGAAGAGUGUGUUCGGUUGUUUGGUUGGGGGUUUCCGCGUGUGUAUUAUAGCUACUGAAUCAUCAGUGUAGGGGGAUACACAACUACAGCUAAGCGAAACGUUCGAGCCAAAUAGUAUCCAUCCGAAACAUGUGCGGAGAUGGGAGGAUUGUGCUGUUUGAGAUAUACACAUAAGCAAUAAUCGUGAUAAGAAUCCAGCUCUGGGGCAGUGACGUUUCGCUGGGUGGCUUGUAAAUAUGCAAACAAUCGUUUGCUAGCUCGUUUGGCCCCAUACAAACCAAUGAGUGAUUAGACACCCAAACUUUAAGUGUCAAUAACGCAUUCGAGAUAUCGUCUCUGUAAGCCGAAGUGAAAUCGCGAACACAACAAAGCGCGGAAUCGAAUCCGGUCGUCAUCGAGCAGGAAUUUGCGAUCGUAGCAAUCGAGGAAUUCAGCACAGCAUCACGAACCUAAGCAAGGGAUCUAAGUAGUCGAGGCGCAAUUAACUGCCGACUCGGCCAUCAGCGGGAUAAAUGAUGUACACGUGUCAUUCGGAUUACCAUAGAGAGCAAGUUUAGUGCAAAGCUUCUCUAAGGUCCGCCGCCUGUAAUCCGGAAUCUCCGUCCAUCAGCACACCAAAUGCUAGCAAACCAUUCCAAUUGCAGUAUAUUAAUUUUAGAAAAUGACCGAAAACUCCACGCUAGUCAGUAAGAAGAAACCUGUACAGAAUGGAACCGGUGCCAAUCACAGUUACGGUGCAACCGACGAGAUAGUCUCAGACACAACCACCGGUGUUGACUCGCCCAACGGUGGACCUCCUCCAGCAGCCGAUCAACCAACGCAAAUGGAAAGACGCUCAACCUUGAGGAUAGUGGAGAAGAUUGGCUUCGGCCUGGGCCACGUGUACAAUGAUCUCUGCGCGGGCGUUUGGUUCAGCUAUACGCUGCUGUUCAUGCAAGGUGCCCUUGGAAUGCCAGCAGCCGAAGCUGGAGCCCUGGUUAUGCUGGGGCAGGUCGGUGACGCCAUAGCCACACCGAUUGUAGGCUUCCUCACCGACAAGUACGGUACCAAGCGGCAAUGGCACAUUGCCGGAACGUUCAUCGUGUUCCUGACCUUCCCAAUGAUCUUCUCGCUGUGUCCCUGGUGUGACGUGGCACCACACUGGUGGGAAAUCAUGUACUUCAUCAUUGUGAUACUGUUGUUCCAGUUCGGAUGGCCCAUCGUGCAAAUCACCCAUCUUGCCAUGAUUCCGGAACUAUCACGGUCACAGAAAGAUCGCUCGGAUCUGACGGCCGUCCGAUAUUCGGUGUCCAUCAUUUCCAACGUGGUGGUUUACAUCGUCACAUGGGCUGUGCUCCGAAGUCGUACGAGUGCAGACAACCAGAUUGGGCCCAGCGAUGCCUAUCGAUUUCGUGAUAUCUCAUUAAUACUAACCCUGGUGGGGGUUUCCAUGUCCGUCCUUUUCAACUUUUCGCUCACAUUCAGUGGUUACGAACAUAGAAGGCACACCGCCCUGCAGCAUAAUGUCAUCAAAGAAGGAAAAAAAAGUUCCGAGCCGGACCCAGAAAAGCAGUCCCUUCUGGACGGUACCGACGAGACGAAGACAGAGGGUGUGGCCGGAUCGUCGACGGCUAAUGGCACCGUACGUAGUGGUGAAGAAGAUGUUGUGUUGCGGCAUCCGAAAAAGAAUUUCUUCAAAUCCCCACUGUUGUAUCAGAAUGCUUUACUCUACGUCUUCUCGCGUCUCUUCAUGACGACCUCUCUAGUCUAUAUGCCCCUCUGGCUGGAUGAGCGAUCCUUUCAACCAGAUCCGGUGCAGAACAAUGCCAGCGUGGAGCACUUGGCCACAGUUCCGUUGGUAUCAUUCCUGGCCUCGUUCAUUGCGUCUCUGGUGCUCAAGUAUACCAACAAGUACGUUGGCAACAGUUUGAUCUACCUGGUUGGAUCCGCCAUCAGCGUAGGGGUGUGCACGUGGAUUGCAUUGAGUUCCAGUGCGGCCACUUUCAGCACAUUCGAACUUCUCGUCAUUGCAUCGCUUUUCGGUGCGGGCAGUUCCAUCACCAUGAUCAGCAGCCUGUGCAUCACGGCGGACAUGAUCGGCAAGCAUGCCGACCAGGGUGGCUUCAUCUACUCGGCUGUCACGUUCACCGAUAAGCUCAUCACCGGCAUCGUAGUGGUCAUCAUUGAGUCUAUGAAAUGCACCGACAGGAACGACUGUCCCGAUUACUACCGAAGUGUGCUGGCCUAUGCAUGCGGAACAGCUGCCGGACUGGGCUGCCUAACUCUGGCAACACUAGUUUGUACCAAGCCGAGAAGCAGGCGGCAGCAAAGGCGAUAGCGUAAUUUAUAUAUAAAAGAUUCGUAUUUAAAAUGAUCGAUAAGAAACAAUGUAUGAUAUUUUAGCUAACAAAUAAAUGAACAUUCCAAAAAUUUUAAAGUUUAAAAA